UGAUGUCAUCAGCUUAACCCCACAGUCCACACAAAAGAACAAGAACCCAUUUGACUAAUUAGCAAUCCUUCUCCUCACCAAGCAAUAAAUAAAUAAGAUCCCCCCAUUUCCCUCCAAAAUACACAUUUCACUCGAAAGUCAAGACCUUCCUUUCUCUCUCUCAGGCUUCAAAACCCCAAUUUUUGCAGAGCUUAUCCUCCAUUUAAGUUCGUUUCUCAAAGAGGAUCAUCAUGAUAAGAUCAAAGGCUCAUCACCAUCACCAUCAUCAAGAAGUUGGAUGCUUUUUGCUGAUUCUGGUGCUGGUUUGUUCACACCAUGGAUUUGUGGGUGCAGAACAUCAAGUUCAUGGUCCAGCAGGUUCUGGUGAUCAUCAAAGCUACAACGGUUAUCAUAGUGAAGAUGGUGAUUUCGUUGCUACGGUCGACCGAGUUGUCCCUUCUAGCCCCGACCCUCUACACAACAAGUAGGUCUUGGGAUUUUAUAUAUAUGUACGCGAAUGACACAGGUUUCAUAGUUUUGUACCGUCACGAAUGAAAUGAAUCUUAUACGAUUCAGUUUGUCCAUGUACUAGCUCCAUCCAUCUUAUUGGAAUAUGCAUGUGGUGUUAUAUGAGAUAAUUAAUUAAGAUCAAGGUGGCUGAAAAAAACAAUAUAUGUUUUAAGUCUACAAUCUACAUGUAUACGAGUAUUAUGUUUAGUGACUUACGUAUUAUGUAUCUUGCACCUAUCACGGGGUCAGCCAACAAUUAGAAUUUUGUAUAUGUGGUUCCAAGCUACGCCAUGUUGAUCCCGACUUUAAUUUAAAGCCGAUUAUGUUGAUGCUACAAUAUUAAAAGAAGUAGGUUUCA